AACAAGACUGGGGUUAUGAAGUCAGUUCUAGAUGGCCUCGCAGACACAACUUUCCGAACAAUCACGACAGAUCUCCUUUACGUGGGCUCCAACGAUAUCCAGUACGAAGACAUGAAAGGCGACAUGGCAUCCAAGCUGGGGUACUACCCCCAGAAGUUCCCUCUUUCUUCUUUCAGGGGUGAUCCUUUCCAAGAAAAAAUGACUGGAGGAGAUGAUUCCCUGUUGAGCAUUAUUCCAUCAGAGCAGGUCAACAUCACAGAGUUUUACAACAAGUCCCUGUCCACUUUUAAGGAUAAUGAGGAGAAUAUACAGUGUGGGGAGAACUUUAUGGAUAUGGAGUGUUUUAUGAUCCUGAACCCCAGCCAGCAGCUGGCCAUCGCCGUGCUAUCGCUCACCCUGGGCACCUUCACAGUCCUAGAAAACCUUCUCGUCCUGUGUGUCAUCCUCCACUCCCGAAGCCUUCGGUGUAGACCCUCCUACCAUUUCAUCGGCAGCCUGGCUGUGGCCGACCUCCUGGGCAGCGUGAUUUUUGUCUACAGUUUUGUGGAUUUCCAUGUUUUCCACCGGAAGGAUAGCCCCAACGUCUUCUUGUUCAAACUGGGUGGAGUUACAGCCUCCUUCACCGCCUCUGUAGGUAGCCUUUUCCUCACGGCAAUAGACCGGUACAUCUCCAUACACAGGCCACUAGCUUAUAAAAGGAUUGUUACCCGACCAAAGGCUGUCGUAGCAUUUUGUGUGAUGUGGACCAUCGCUAUUGUAAUAGCCGUUCUUCCUCUGCUCGGCUGGAACUGCAAAAAGCUCAAUUCUGUUUGUUCGGACAUAUUCCCUCUCAUCGAUGAGACAUACCUGAUGUUCUGGAUCGGGGUCACCAGCGUCCUCUUGUUGUUCAUUGUCUAUGCCUACAUGUACAUUCUGUGGAAGGCUCACAGCCACGCUGUUCGCAUGUUGCAGCGAGGAACGCAGAAAAGCAUAAUCAUUCAGUCAACAGAGGAUGGUAAGGUACAGAUCACUAGGCCUGAUCAAACUCGUAUGGACAUCAGGUUAGCCAAAACCUUGGUCCUUAUCCUAGUUGUUUUAAUCAUAUGCUGGGGCCCUCUCCUCGCCAUCAUGGUGUACGAUGUCUUUGGGAAAAUGAACAAGCUCAUCAAGACUAUCUUUGCCUUCUGUAGCAUGCUCUGUUUGCUGAAUUCAACAGUGAAUCCCAUCAUCUACGCUCUGAGGAGCAAGGACUUGAGACACGCCUUCCGCAGCAUGUUCCCCACCUGCGAAGGGACUGCUCAGCCCCUGGAUAACAGCAUGGAGUCUGACUGCCAGCACAAACACGCCAACAACGCGGGGAAUGUGCACAGGGCUGCCGAGAGCUGCAUUAAGAGCACAGUUAAGAUUGCCAAAGUUACCAUGUCUGUCUCCACAGACACAACUGCUGAAGCGUUGUAAGUCAGAGACUUCUCAGUGUUGUAAGAAAAGGAGUUUAAGUUUAAAAAAAAAUAAAAAUUUAAAAAAUCCACAAUAGAAAAAACCAAACCCAUGGCUUAACGUGUUUGUA